AUGCCUUAUUCUGUCGCUAUACCGAGCACGCAGAAGGAAGGACGGAGCCCUAUUUACCGUUCUUGGAAUUCACAGCAGGAGUUGGUCAAAACGUUGGACCCCGAUGUCACCACUGCCCACGAGAUUUUCGAGUCGACUGCGAACGCAACCCCUAAGGCCGAUUGUCUUGGAUGGCGUCCUUACGAUCCGGCGACGAAGACCUGGGGUCAAUAUCAAUGGCUGAGCUAUGGCACGGUCCAGAAACGGCGCACCGACUUCGGUGCUGGAUUGGUGGAGCUACAUCACAAGCACAAAUGUGUUCAAACCGGGCAGUACGGUGUUGGUCUCUGGUGCCAGAAUCGUCCGGAGUGGCAGAUCACAGACCUGGCAUGCAUGUCGCAAAGCCUGUACUCGGUCUCGAUUUACGAUGUUCUUGCCUCAGAUGCGACGGAAUAUAUCAUCAAUCACGCCGAGUUGAGCUGUGUUGUGACCUCCUUGCCUCACAUCCCAACAUUGAUCAAGCUCAAGCCUAUUCUUCCCAACCUGAAGAUUAUCGUCAGCUUAGACUCACUCGACGCGGGUGAACCGGCCGGCCAGUCCAAGCGCGCUCUGCUGGAAAGCAUGACCGCUGAUUAUGACCUUACCAUCUACAGCAUAGACCAAGUUGAAGCUCUGGGCGCGACCGCUAACCGCCCUCUCAAUCCCCCCAAACCCUCGGAUAUUGUCACUAUCAACUAUACUUCUGGUACCACAGGUGCUCCCAAGGGCGUGGUCCUUACACACGAGAACGCGGUUGCUGCUGCUUCUGGCGCUCUGGUGGCCGUGUCUCACGCGCGGGAUGAUACAUUUCCGUCGUAUCUUCCCCUCGCACAUAUUUUUGAACGACUUACGGAACACGCGGCACUCUGGUCCGGUGCUCGCAUCGGUUAUUUCCAUGGAAAUAUCUUGGAACUAGUCGAUGACCUCAAGGUGCUCAAGCCCACUGGAUUUGUAUCCGUUCCUCGCCUUUUCAGCCGAUUUGGAACUGCCAUUCGCGCUGCCACCGUUGAGGCCCCUGGCUUUCGAGGAGCUCUGUCCAAACACAUAGUUGCGGCGAAGAGCGCAAACCUAAAGAACCCGGAUCCCAGCAAAGCUACUGUAAAGCACGCUUUGUAUGAUCGGAUUUGGGCCAAGAAAGUUGCUGCAGCCGUUGGUUUAGAACGUGCAAAGUCCCUGGUUUCGGGAUCUGCGCCUUUGGAUCCUUCUCUGCACGACUUUUUGCGAGUAGCCAUUGGCGCCGAUUUCUCUCAAGGAUAUGGUCUAACUGAGACUUAUGCUAUGGCAUGCGCACAGUCUCCCAAGGAUGUCUCAUCUGGCAACUGCGGACGUGUUGCUCCCUGCACGGAGGUGUGUCUGCUGUCCCUACCGGACAUGGAAUACUCGGUGGAUGAUAAACCUUUUCCCCGCGGUGAACUUCUGAUUCGUGGCCCUAAUGUCUUCAAGGAGUACCUCAAGAACCCGGAAGAGACAGCUAAGGCCAUCACUGCGGACGGGUGGUUCCGGACGGGCGAUGUCGCCAAGAUUGAUGAGAUGGGCCGCAUCAUCAUCAUUGAUCGCCGGAAGAAUGUUCUUAAAUUGGCACAAGGAGAAUACAUCUCACCUGAACGUCUGGAGGGUAUCAUCACGUCGGAGCUGGGCUACUUCGCGCAAGCUUACGUGCAUGGUGAUAGUAUGCAGACUUUCUUGGUUGGUAUCUUCGGUGUACAGCCUGAUAUGUUUGCGCCAUUCGCCAGCAAAAUACUUGGUCGGACCAUUGCACCUACCGACAUUGCAGCCAUCAAGGCAGUACUGCAGGACAGCAAGAUCAAGAAGGCUGUAUUGAAGGAUCUCGAGCGUGUGGCUAAGAAGAAUAAACUCGCGGGAUAUGAGCGGGUAAAGAAUUGCGCUCUGAUGGUUGAGCCGUUCUCAGUAGAGAAUGACCUGCUGACUCCGACUCUCAAGCUCAAACGCCCACCUGUUGUGAAGAAGUAUCGCCAGCUUCUCGAUCAGCUAUACGAAGAUGCCAACAAUGAGCAAUCUGCUCCUAAGGCUAAGUUGUAG